CCGACAUCCGCCAAAAUGGUGAACUUCACGGUACUCCAGAUUCGCAGCAUCAUGGACAAGAAGGCGAACAUUCGCAAUAUGUCAGUCAUUGCCCAUGUGGACUAUGGCAAGUCCACUCUGACCGACUCUCUUGUAUGUAAAGCUGGAAUCAUCGCAUCAUCUCGUGCGGGUGAAACUCGCUUCACAGAUACCCGUAAAGAUGAGCAGGAAAGAUGUAUUACAAUCAAAUCUACAGCGAUUUCCCUCUUCUAUGAACUAUCUGAAAACGAUUUGGCCUUUAUUAAGCAAUGUAAAGAUGGAUCUGGUUUCCUUAUCAACUUGAUUGACUCUCCUGGUCAUGUGGACUUUUCCUCUGAAGUUACAGCAGCUCUGCGUGUUACUGACGGUGCCCUUGUUGUGGUGGACUGUGUGUCUGGUGUAUGUGUGCAGACUGAAACCGUACUCUGUCAAGCAAUUGCUGAAAGAAUCCGCCCUGUCUUGAUGAUGAACAAAAUGGACCGUGCACUUUUGGAACUGCAACUAGAGCCAGAAGAGCUAUAUCAGACCUUCCAGCGUAUUGUGGAGAACGUAAACGUUAUCAUAUCCACCUAUGGUGAGGGAUAGACAGGACCCAUGGGAAACAUCAUGAUUGAUCCAGUUCUUGGUACUGUUGGCUUUGGUUCUGGACUCCAUAGCUGGGCAUUUACACUCAAACAAUUUGCAGAGAUGUAUGUGCAAAAGUUUGCUGCAAAGGGUGACGGCAAGCUGACACCAGCUGAACAUGCAAAAAAAGUGGACGACAUGAUGAAGAAACUUUGGGGAGACAGGUAUUUUGAUCCUGCCAAUGAAAAGUUUAGCAAGGCUGCAUCAAAUGCUGAUGGAAAGAAGUUGCCUAGAACAUUUUACCAGCUUAUCCUGGACCCAAUCUUCAAGGUUUUUGAUGCCAUCAUGAACUUUAAGAAAGAUGAAACUGCUAAACUUAUCGAGAAACUGGACAUCAAGUUGGACACUGAAGACAAAGAUAAAGAGGGAAAACAACUGUUAAAGGCUGUUAUGAGAUGCUGGCUUCCUGCUGGAGAAGCUCUUCUGCAGAUGAUAACCAUCCACCUGCCAUCACCAGUGACAGCUCAGAGGUACCGCUCUGAGCUGCUGUAUGAAGGACCACCUGAUGAUGAAGCUGCUAUGGGCAUAAAAAACUGUGACCCCAAAGGUCCAUUAAUGAUGUAUAUCUCAAAAAUGGUGCCCACCACUGAUAAGGGAAGGUUCUAUGCUUUUGGAAGAAUCUUCUCUGGUGCUGUCUCCACUGGCCUCAAAGUCAGAAUUAUGGGACCAAAUUAUACUCCAGGAAAGAAAGAGGACCUUUACCUGAAGCCUAUCCAGAGGACCAUCCUGAUGAUGGGGCGUUAUGUGGAGCCAAUUGAAGACGUUCCAUGUGGUAACAUUGUGGGUUUGGUUGGUGUGGACCAGUUCCUGGUGAAAACUGGGACAAUCACCACUUUCGAACAUUCACAUAACAUGCGUGUUAUGAAGUUCAGUGUCAACCCUGUAGUGCAUGUGGCUGUAGAAGCAAGGAACCCUGCUGAUCUUCCAAAACUUGUGGAGGGUCUCAAGCGUCUGGCUAAGUCAGACCCUAUGGUGCAGUGCAUCAUUGAGGAAUCUGGAGAACAUACUGUUGCUGGAGCUGGAGAGCUGCAUUUGGAAAUCUGCUUGAAGGAUCUAGAAGAGGACCAUGCCUGCAUUCCAAUUAAGAAAUCUGACCCAGUUGUUUCUUACCGUGAAACUGUGAGUGAGGAGUCAAACCAGCUGUGCCUGUCAAAGUCUCCUAACAA